AAGAGGAACAAAACGUUGGAGGACAAUGUAAUUAGUUGCUUAUAGGGAUACAUAGCUUGAGAUACACUGUGUUAAUAUACUUGUUUUCAUGUGUGUGCUAAAAUACUUACAUGGAAAAAGUUUUAAUUAAAGAUGAAAAUAUCGAACAUAUUGGUUAUUAAUUUAAGCAAUAUUGGCAUCAAAUACUAAAUUGGAUAAAAUGAAGAAAUAGUAAUUGUUUCAGAUAAAAGGAAGUCCAUAACGAUUUUAUAACGUUUGGAUAUGAAUAAACGUUCUGAUAAUUCGGUCAAUAAUGUGUCCAUUAGUCCAUUACUUCAAAUACUAACAAUGCAUGCAUCAUCUUUCGCUCAAACUGAUAACCAGACGACAUUUAACACAACACCGGAAGUUGAUAAAUUAUACGUAGCUCCGACUGACAGUCCGGAUUAUUUUUUACGGAAAUACUCGUUACCAGUGUUAUGUGUCAUUGGGUUUAUAGGAAAUAGCCUGUCUGCUGCCUUGUUUCUAGGGAAAACGCUUCGAGGAUUUUCAUGUUGUAUUUUCCUGGGAGUCCGAUCCAUCACCGACAACGGGUUCCUGAUAACAUUAUUAAUAGUAUGGCUGGAUUUCUUAGAUGUUCGAGUAUUUCACACUGUGGGAGUAUGUCAUAUAACAGUAUUUUUGUCGUAUGUUUGUAGUUUUUUAUCGGUUUGGUGUGUGGUGUGUGUGACUAUUGAAAACUAUGUACGAAUUUGUCAUCCUAUGUUGAUAAAGCUAUAUUGUACAUCGAGAACAGCUGUGAUGAUCAUUUCUUUUCUGACGUUUGCAUCGUUGUGUAUUUAUAACAUUCCCUUAUGGAGUAAUGAGAUAGUUGAUAUUUAUGAAAUGAAUUACUGCGUCACAAAGAGGACAUAUCAAGACCUUCAACUAGUUUUAACAUACAUAGAUACAGCUAUGACACUUAUUAUACCGUUAAUAGCAAUAAUAGCAUUAAUGGUAAUAAUACUAUUAAAGGGUAUGGAAGCGUCCAAAAGAAAACUACGCCUUGGUCAUCACAGAAGUAAAAACAGGUUAGUGCCAUCAUAUGGAACAGUUGCAGGACUACUAACUGCCGUGUCAAUUACGUUUAUAUUUCUUCACACUCCGAUUCAUAUCUUUAAAUUGAAAGUAAUAAUCGAAACAGUUACGGGAAAGUACAAGGUGGCGAGUGUAACAGAUCUAACUAUUGGGAAUGUAUUCCAAGUAAUGUAUUACUUGAACUCUUCGGUUAAUUUUUUGGUAUAUUAUAUAUGUGGUAAAAAUUUUAGACGUGUAUUUAAAGAAGUAUUAUGUAAGAAUAUUUCUUGCUGUGUAUGCACUGAGGAAGAUGAUGAGGACAGACUGUCGGAUGCAGGCACAACUGAGCUCACAAUUAUACUGGAGAAAAGUGAUGCAGGUUCCGAAAAAUCUCGGUGAAAAAAGAGACUUAUCAUUAUAUCGGACAAAAGUGAUAUAUGUUCUUAAAACUGCAACGAAAGAGGGACUAUCCACAGAGAAUACUGAAGCAGGUUAAGAAAAUCUCGACAUAAAGAGAUGCCUUUCAUGAUCGUUUUACGAGAAAUAGUACUCAAUGUGAACCGAACGUCUUUAACACUGCACAGAACAAUACAAUGAUCUAUCAUGUCAAUUUAGCUGUUAUGAUUUACAGCAGAUUUGCGUCGGAUUUGUUUCAUACAUAUAUGUUCAAUUUCAUUUUGAACUGCUUACACAAACAUAAAGAGCAAAUAAUCCAUCGAAAAUAUUUUGAUGUUUGUGUCAUAUUGCUUCUACCCAUUUUUUAUUAAUUUUGGAAAUUUUAUGAUGUCACUGCGGUUAGGUUUUCCAUUCCGAUUUAUCAUAUAUUUCUUCACUAACAAGUUACCGCUUACCAUAAAUUCUGACCAGACAAACACAAUCGAAUAUCAUUUAUAUCAACCAAGCACUUAUUAAAAAACAAUAAAUGGUGAUGAUAUAUAAAUCUGUAUGGAAUUGUUAAUUAGCCACAAGGGAUCUAUUAGUUUACAGAGAGGAUGUUUGCUCAGUAUUUGAUAAAGUGAAUAAAAGCUUAAUGUGUAUGUAUGUAUUUAACAAAUAUAACGGUCAUACUUGACAUAUAUUCAAUAUUGUUUCUUUAAUACAGAUAAUCACAUUGUUACUUUAAGUUUGUGUUUUAAUGAACUUGAAGGACCCUUGAUAUUUACAGAAUUGAGUUUUAUUUAAUUAUGUAAUAGUCUUCCCCCACUAUGUUUUAAUGGUUCUAAAAGAACUGAACACGAAAAUCCUGGAAUUAAAUUGCUGCUCUACAUGUAACGUGAAUGCAUCAAUACAUGAUUAAGAUAAAUUGAUUUGGCUUGAGUUUCCUUUUACAGGAUUGGACCUGGUUUUGUUCACAUCUGUUACACUUUCG